GUUUUACAAAAGCUUGGAAAGGCCGAUGAAACCAGAGAUGAAUCGUUUGACGAGCAUGUCAAUAAUUUUAACAAGCAGCAGGCUGAAGUUCAUAAACUACAUAAAGAAUUUAAACAGUAUCUAUCCUGCUUAAAAGACAUGAAAACCGCUGCCUCCAACCUUAAUGAGGCUAUCUCGGAAGUUUAUGAUGGUGAAUGGGGAGGUUACAGUGAACUAGUUUCCGUUUUUGAGGAUUCUAAAACGCUUUGGAACAAUCUAGCUCUACGUUUAUCAGAAGAAGUAGUGUCACCGUUUGCAAUAUACCAGAGUCAAUUUCCGGAAUUUAAGUCGCGAAUAGCAAAAAGAGGGCGCAAAUUGAUUGAUUACGAUGCCUGUCGGCACAAUUUAGACGUAAGUACCAAACGUAAAGCAGAUGAUCGUAAAAUAUCACAACUUGAAGAAGAAGAAAUGGUUUCAAAGAAAAUUUACGAUGAAUUAAAUACUCAAUUAUCCAAUGAAUUGCCUGCUAUCUACGAUAGUCGUGUUGCCUUCUAUGUAUCCACAUUACAAUCUUACUUUGCAACACAAAUAGAAUUCAAUAAAAACAUAACCAAGGUAAGAUGCAGUGUUGAAAUUAAGUGUAAUCAAAACGGAACUACUAUUAAUAAACCUGUACAAUUGCUUUUGCUUUUCUUCUAA